AUGUCAUUAGGACAGCGAAAUAUACUUCUAGUCAAUGCUGUUUUAUUGUUGCACAUGGAAGCAGUUUUACCAGGAGCGAACGAUCUACAUUUCCACGAUGGGUCAUCAUCUGCUGAUGUUAUAGCAGGAGACGUAUUUUUUGAAAUCAUUGAUCCACCCGAGUUGAAAUAUUCCUAUAGAAUAAGACCUGCCAAAGAUUUUGGAGCCACAUUUAAUGAAAGCUUUCAUUUAGAGAGAGCUAAACUUGUACCAACUGUACCCAUUAAUAGCUGUUCAGAUCUUUUUAACCAGGACGAUAUUGCUGGCAACAUUGCCUUAGCAGAGCGUGGGGAUUGCUCAUUUGUCUAUAAAGCAACUAAAGCCCAACAGGCAGGAGCACGAGCUAUCAUUAUUACAGAGUCAGUUAAUCUGUGGGAUGAUCCUUUAGACCAUUUAAUUGAAAUGGUUGAUGAUAAAAUGGACCUAGAUGUAAAUAUACCAGCAGCAUUCUUGCUAGGCCGAAAUGGAGCGACAAUUUUUAGAACUCUUAAAAAGUUGCAUUUGAACUAUGCAAUAGUAAAUUUACCCGUUAAUAUGACGUAUGUCUCUAUAAGUAAAAUGAAUCAGCCACCAUGGAUAACUUGGAAACAUGAUUAG